UCUGCAACUACGAACUCCCUGCUGAGGAACUGGCAGGAGAGAGAGAAAUAGCGAACGAUCCAGGAGUCACCAUUUGGCAGUCUGUAUAAACUGAAUCCAUCAUUCUCUUCGGAAACAGGUCUAGAACAGAACUAUUGCUAAUAAUCAGGAAAUUAAAACCGUGAUGUACUAGUGGAAUGUGAAUUCUUCUUCAGGACACCACAGAGACCCGUGGAUGAACUGUUUUCUAGAUUUUUGCUUCCACUUUCUCCAGAGUCAAAAUGAGCAAGAGACAUUUAAGCAUGGGUCAGCAAACCUGGGCCCUCCUCUGCAAAAACUGUCUGAGAAAGCGAAGGAUGAAAAGAGAGACCUCACUGGAAUGGUUUUUCUCAUUUCUUCUGCUGCUGUUUGCAUGCCUGUUUUCCUCCAAUUUGCAUCAAGUUAAUGACUCUCCUCAUAUGUCUGCUGUGAAUCUGGGACGUGUAGAUAAUUUUAAUGAUUCUGAUUUUGCUGUUCAUUUUUCACCUGAAUCUAACACUACCCAGGAGAUAAUGAACAAGGUAGCUUCAGCCCCAUUUAUGAAAGGAAUAUCAAUCAUGGGAUGGCCUGAUGAACAAAGGAUGAAUGAGUUGGAUUUUAAUCUUUCUGUAGACCCAGUGAAAAUCAUCUUUAAGGAUAUGUUUUCAUAUAAUCUGAAAUUUCCUUGGAGAAAUAGAAUCCCUAGUAGGAAAGAACAUAUAGACCAUUCAGCUCAUUGUCAAGUAGUGGGCCCAAAUAUCACAUGUGAAAGUUCAGUCUUCUGGGAGAAAGGCUUUGUACCUCUUCAAGCAGCUAUUAAUGCUGCUAUCAUAGAAAUCACAACAAAUCGCUCAGUUAUGGAGGAGCUGAUGUCAGUCACUGGCAUAAAUAUGAGGAUUCUGCCUUUCAUUGCCCAAGGAGGAGUUACCACAGAUUUUUUCAUCUUUGUGUGCAUUAUUUCUUUCUCUUCCUUCAUAUACUAUGUGUCCAUCAAUGUUGCACAAGAAAGGCAAAACAUGAAGUCAUUGAUGAUUAUGAUGGGACUCCGAGAGUCUGCAUUUUGGCUUUCUUGGGGCUUGAUGUAUGCUGGCUUUGUCCUUCUCAUGGCCACUCUGAUGACAAUUAUUGCAAAAACCACCCAUAUUGUCGUACUCACUGGCUUUAUGGUUGUCUUCAUCCUUUUUCUCCUGUAUGGCCUGUCUUUGAUAUCUUUAGCUUUCCUGAUGAGUGUUUUGAUAAGAAAACCUUUCCUGGCUGGCUUGGCGAUCUUUGUCCUUACCGUCUUCUGGGGAAGUCUGGGAUUAACGACAUUGUACAGACAUCUUCCUGCCUUUUGGGAAUGGACCUUGUGUGUUCUUAGCCCUUUCGCCUUUACUGCCGGAAUGGCGCAGCUUAUACAUUUGGACUAUGACAUGAAUUCUAAUGUUCACUUGGAUUCUUCAAACAAUUCAUACCUAAUAAUAGCUAUUCUUUUUGUGUUGGCUGUGGAUGCUUUGCUCUAUUUGGUACUGGCAUUGUAUUUUGACAAAAUUCUUCCCUCCAAGUAUGGACGCCAUCACUCUCCCUUGUUUUUCCUGAAGUCUUCUCUUUGGUUUCAACACCAAAAACCUAAGCAUGUACUUCUUGAGAAUGAAGUGGAUUCGGAUCCUUCAUUGGAUGACUCUUUCGAACCCGUGCUUCCAGAGUUCCAGGGGAAAGAAGCCAUCAGAAUCAAAAAUCUUAAGAAAGAAUAUACAGGAAAGUAUGGAAAGGUAGAAGCUUUAAGAGGCCUGGUAUUUGACAUAUAUGAAGGUCAGAUCACAGCCCUCCUGGGUCACAGUGGAGCUGGGAAAACCACACUGCUAAAUACUCUUAGUGGACUGUUGCCACCAACAUCAGGCUCUGUCACCAUCUAUAAUCAGACACUUUCAGAAGUGGCUGACUUUGAAACUAUAAGCCAGCUCACUGGAGUUUGUCCACAAUCCAACAUACAAUUUGGGUUUCUUACUGUGAGAGAAAAUCUCAGGCUGUUUGCUAAAAUAAAAGGGAUUCUGCCACAUGAAGUGGAAAAAGAGGUACAACAAAUUCUACAGAACUUAGAGAUGGAAAAUAUCCAAGGUACUCUUGCUGAGAACUUAAGUGGUGGACAAAAAAGAAAACUGACUUUGGGAAUUGCCAUUUUAGGAGAUCCACAGGUUUUGCUGUUAGAUGAACCGACUGCUGGAUUGGAUCCUGUUUCAAGGCACUGUGUAUGGAAUCUCCUGAAAGAGAGAAAAUCAGACCGGGUAAUUCUCUUCAGUACCCAUUUCAUGGACGAGGCUGAUAUCCUGGCUGAUAGGAAGGUGUUUAUAUCCAAUGGGAGGCUGAAGUGUGCAGGCUCUUCUCUAUUCCUGAAGAAGAAAUGGGGUAUUGGCUACCAUUUAAGUUUGCAUCUGAAUGAAAUGUGUGACCCAGAAAGUGUAACAACACUGGUUAAGCAGCACAUCCCAGAUGCCAAGUUAACAUCCCAAAAUGAGGGAAAACUUGUCUAUAUUUUGCCUUUUGAAAGGACAAACAAAUUUCCAGAUCUUUACAGGGACCUUGACAGAUGCUCUCAUCAAGGCAUUGAAGAUUAUGGUGUGUCCAUGACUACUUUGAAUGAGGUGUUCCUGAAAUUAGAAAGGGAAUCAAUUGUUGAUGAACCAGAUCUUGGAAUUUGGGGACAGUUACGAAGUGAUGGAACCAAAGACACCGGGGAUUUUGUGGAGCUGGAACAAGUUUUGUCUUCCCUCAGUGAAACAAGAAACACCGUCAGCAGCAUGGCGCUCUGGAGACAGCAGCUCUGUGCCAUGGCAAAAGUUCGCUUCCUCAAGCUAAAGCGUGGAAAGAAAAAGCUGCUGGCCAUGUUACUGCUUUGGGGAAUUAGCUUUUUCCCUGAACUUCUGGAUAAUCUAUUCCUUGAGUUAUAUAAAAAAAAUAGUUCUUGGGGACUGUCCCCAAAUAUGUACUUCCUUUCACCAGGACAACAGCCUGAGGACCCUCUUACCCCGCUACUGGUCAUCAACAAAACAGGGUCAAGCAUCGAAGACUUUUUACAUUCACUGAAACAGCAGAACAUAGCUUUGGAAGUGGAUGCCUUUGGAACUAGAAACGGCACGGAUGAACCAUCAUACAAUGGUGCUAUCAUUGUGUCAGAGAAUGAACAGGAUCGUAGAUUUUCUAUAGCAUGUAAUACCAAAAGGCUAAGUUGCUUUCCUGUGCUCAUGGAUGUUAUUAGCAAUGGGCUCCUUGGAGUUUUUAAUUCUUCAAAACACAUUCAGACUGAGAGAAGUACAUCAUUUGGUGAGUAUUUGUACUACGAGCACGGAUACCUACUCAACCCACUCCUGAGCAACCUCUUCUUCAGCGCAGUGGCCGCCUGCCUCCCUCCUUACAUUGCUAUGAGCAGCAUUGGUGACUUCAAAAGAAAAGUUCAUUCCCAGCUAUGGAUUUCUGGUCUCUUCCCUUCUGCUUACUGGUUUGGACAAGCCUUGGUGGAUUUGCCCCUGUAUUUCUUGAUUCUUCUUCUAAUACAAAUGAUGGACUAUGUAUUUAACCCAGAGGAGAUUACAGUUAUCCUUCAAUACCUUUUAAUUCAGAUCCUUUGUAAUAUUGGAUAUGCAUCAUCUCUCAUUUUCUUGACAUACGUGAUCUCAUUCAUUUUUCACAAUAUCAGAAAAAACAGUAGCCUUUGGUCAGUUAUCUUCUUCAUUGUCACCAAUUUCUUGUUAGUUGUCAGUGAUUUAAAUAACUACCGGUUUCUCACACUAUUUUUCUGCACCAUAUUAAUUCCGCCCUUCACACUGUUCGGCUCCUUAUUCAUUUAUUCUGGGUUUUCUCCUGACUCUGCUGAUUACUUAGGAGCUUCAGAAUCUCAUGUCCUGUUCUUGGCAUUGCUAACAUCUUACCUCCACUUUUUUAUCUUUCUUUUUGUUCUGCGAUGUCUGGAGAGGCACUUUGGGAAGAAGUCAUUGAGAAAGGACCCUGUUUUCAGAAUUUCUCCAAGAAGCAGUGAUGUUUUCCCAAACCCAGAAGAACCUGAAGGAGAAGAUGAAGAUGUACAGAUGGAAAGAACAAGAGCAUCAAAUGCCGUGGCUGUCCUAGAAAUGGAUGAGAAACCAGUUAUCAUUGCCAACUGUCUCCGGAAGGAAUAUGCAUGCAGAAGGAAAAAUUGCUUUUCCAAACAGAAGAAAACAAUCGCCACAAGAAAUGUUUCUUUCUGUGUUAAAAAAGGUGAAAUUAUAGGACUUUUAGGACACAAUGGAGCGGGUAAAAGUACAAUGAUUAAGAUGAUAACAGGAGACACAAAACCGACUGCCGGUCAGGUGAUUUUGAAGCCGAGCAGUGAAGAGGAUACCCAGGGGUUCCUGGGGUAUUGUCCUCAGGAAAACUUACUGUGGCCAGUCCUGACAGUGAGGGAACACCUAGAGGUGUAUGCUGCAGUGAAAGGGCUGAGGAGAAAGCACGCUUCAAUCACCAUUGCACGGCUGGUGAAUGCAUUUAAGCUGCAGGACCAGCUGCAGGCCCCAGUGAAGACGUUAGCAGAGGGAGUAAAGAGAAAGCUGUGCUUUGUGCUGAGCAUCCUGGGGAACCCAUCAGUGCUGCUUCUGGAUGAGCCAUCGACAGGGAUGGACCCUGAGGGGCAGCAGCAAAUGUGGCAGGCGAUCCGGGCCACCAUUAAAAACAUGAAUGGGGGUGCCCUCCUGGCCACCCACUACAUGGUAGAAGCCGAAGCCGUGUGUGACCGCGUGGCCAUCAUGGUGUCUGGAAGGCUGAGAUGUCUUGGUUCCACCCAACACCUGAAAAGCAAGUUCGGCAAAGAUUACCUGCUGGAGAUGAAGGUGAAGAGCCUCUCACAGGUGGAGCCCCUCCAUGCAGAGAUCCUAAGACUUUUCCCUCAGGCUGCUCGGCAGGAAAGGUAUUCCUCCUUGAUGGUCUAUAAAUUGCCCAUUGAGGAUGUUCGACCUUUAUCACAGACUUUCUUCAAAUUGGAGCUAGUUAAGCAGAACUUCAGCUUGGAGGAGUACAGUCUUUCACAGUCUACUCUGGAACAGGUUUUCCUGGAGCUCGCCAAAGAACAGGAACUGGAUGAUUUUGAUGAGGAGAUUAAUUCCUCCAUGAAGUGGAAGCUCCUCCCACAGGAAGACCCUUAAAGCUCCUUGUAACAACACUUCCAUUUAAGCUUGUACAUGUAUCAGGCUUAUGUGUCACUGUGCCAAAAUUUUUAUCUGACAAGUGAAGGGAGGGUUUAUUUUGGUUUAGGAUUUCAGAUAAUUCAGCCCAAAGUCCUUUGGCUCCAUUGACUCUGCACAGAACAUUUAUGGCAGCAGGAGCAUGUGGUAGAAGAGACUCUCCACCCGGUGAUGGACAGAAUUCAAAGAGCAAGGAGGAAAACUAGGGACUAGGUUCUAACUUUCCACAUCAUGCCCCUCAGUGAUUCUCUUCCUCCAGCUAAGCCCUUCAGGAUCCAUCUCCUCCCCAAAUAGUACACCAGUUGGGGCUAAGUGUUCAACAAAUGAGCCUGUGAAGUCCAUUGUAUACCCAAAUCAUAGGAACUUGUAACUGUUUUUAUUUUGUUGUUGUUCAUGGGGCUUGAACUCUGGGCCUGGCCGCUGUCCCUGAGCU